AUGUUCGGGGACUUUGACGCGGCUGCAAAGUCCAUGCAACUCUGUCGUAGCUCCUUCUUCGUCGUCCUCUUAGUUGUCGCCGUCGCCGAGACAGAACUGCAGCAGGUGACCGGUGGCGGAAUUUUUUCCGGGUCGGAGGUCACCACCGAAUAUCCGUAUUUAGUGGGACUGAUCAUUGGAGGAAUAGUCGACGAGACGAAUCGGAAGACCGCCAUCUGCACGGGAACCCUGGUGUCUCCAGUUUUGGUGCUGUCGUCGGCGUAUUGCAUCGCGCAUCUGACGACCACGAUCACCGAGACUCCGGAAAUCACUACGCUAUUGGUGUAUUGGAAGACACCCACAAACUCUGUCAAGUACCACCGGGCCACGAAUAUUUACACCCAUCCGUCAUACAACACAGCCACACGUGUGUUCGACUUAUCGCUGAUAAAGCUCAAGAAGCCGUUCAAGCACGUUGAACGUUUCGUCAGACUGUCGUCCAAAACGUUGAACAGCGACGUUGAACUGAGUUGCAUGGUUGUAGGGAUCGGUGCUCCAAAUGAACGCGGUUACAAGGUCCCAGUCCGUGUCAAGUACGGCCUUACCGCUUGCCGGAUUCCCAAGUCCAAGUGA